AAAGUUGACGAACAUUGCCUGGGUCAAACAAAUUGUCAGUCUUUAGAUAUAAUAAUGAAAGGUACUUAUCUCACUAUCAGCUGUUACAUCAAAUAAUUAUUAUCACAAAAGCUAUUCAUUUACACCCUGUGAAUGGAUAAUUAUUUAGGUCUGGAUCAGCAUCCCAUAAAACUGCUUGAUCUAAUCACGACAUUACAGAGUCAGAUAGUUAUAAAGAUUUUGAAAGUUCGGACGUGGCAGAGAUGCUAAUUCAAUCCCUAGCUGUUGAUCUCGAUAUAGGAAAAAAUAUAGAUCUAGACCUAGAUGUCUUUGAUCUAUCGGUGAUUGAAAACAUUCAAAUUAAAGAUGGGGUGACUGAGAUUGUUAUUGAGACAAAAAGUGUAUCUUUCGAGACAUGGUUUCUUUCAAUUUUAGCAUCGAUUCUUGUUGGACUAAGCGGUCUUUUUCCACUACUGGUCAUACCUAUGGAAACUGGUCAAGCUUUGAAGCAUGGAGAACCUGCUAAAAGAUUGCGACUGAUGUUGAGCUUUGCUGUUGGUAGUUUACUUGGAGAUGUUUUUCUACACUUACUGCCUGAAUUAUGGGCUGACAUUCAAAAAGAAAGCAUGGCUGAUCAUAAAAGAAUAGGUUUGUGGGUUAUAGCUGGUCUACUUGCCUUUAUGAUCAUGGAGAAACUUUUUGGGGAUGAAACUGAGUUUGAACAGCUUCAGGACACAUGUGAUGAGAUCAAAUCUGCCAACUUCAAAGUUCAGUCAUCUACAAAAACAAAACAUAACAAGAUAUGUAACUCGACAAAAAAUAUAAAACAUAACAAGAUAUACAGCUCAUCAAAAAAUAUGAAAAGAGCAAAAGGGCAACUAAAUAAAUUACCUAAAUACUCAUCACUUUCACACAGUGAAAACAACAAACUCAAUCCAAGAGAUACCAAGAUCGGCAGUGUUCCAGUAGCGGAGGAUAUGUCAAGUAGUAAUAUUAAGGUCAGUGGAUAUUUAAAUUUAAUGGCAAAUGUAGUUGACAACUUUACACACGGUCUAGCUGUUGCAGCAAGUUUCUGCAUUAGUACAAAGGUUGGAUUUAUCACUACAUUAGCCAUUCUGCUUCACGAGAUUCCUCAUGAGGUAGGAGACUUUGCUAUACUAUUAAGAUCAGGAUUUAACAGAUGGAAGGCAGCUAAGGCACAGUUUUUAACUGCAAGUGGGAGUGUUGUUGGAGCUAUAACAGCACUAACCUCAGAAUCUUCUCAAGUUUCUGGAGAAAAGACAGCUUGGAUUCUUCCAUUCACAUCAGGUGGAUUUAUGUACAUUGCUCUUGUCACAGUCAUGCCAGACCUGUUGCAAGAAAAACAUGGAUGGGAAUCCUUCAAGCAAGUUGGCUGUGUGUGUUUUGGAGUGAUGUCAAUCAUUUUUGUGACAUUAGCCUUUGACUGAAUAGAACAUAGGAACAAAAACAGAUCAAUACUCAAAAUAGAUUCUUUAUUUUAUUGGUGAAAUGUUGCUGUUUUGUUGUUGUUGUUGUUUUUUUUUGGCAAAAUAAAGAAAUAAAAUACUACCAGCUUCUCAUGAGUACCUGGUAUAAAUGUUUGCAGCCCUGCAAAAAACAAAAAAGGUUUUAAAAACAUUGUACAUUGUAAAAGCAUAACAUUUCUGUGUAUGUUUCUGUUGAAAUUAUUUUUUUUGCUCAGUUAAUGAACGUCCAUGUCAAUGAUCAACUUAUAGUAUCAAACAUUAUAGUUAUACAUAUUUCAAAUGCUCUUUAAUUUUAUGUAAACUUACAGAUUUUAACUAUUUUUUUUA